AUGGAUGCAAUAGAUGCAAAUGAAUACUUGAUACAAUUUUUGGGAAGCAUUGAUAAUCUUCCAUCUGAAAUACGUCAUCAUUUUAGUGAAAUAUCAAAUAGAGAACAAGAAAUUGAUGAUUUAUUGAAAGGGAUUGAACGUCGUAAAAAAAGAUUAUGGUGUUUAUAUGACGGAGGAUCAUUUGAUAGUGAUUGUUCUGUAGUUGAAAUUGUUAAAGUUAUAACAGAGUUUGAAGACGAAGAAAUGUUAAAAGAAAAGGUUAUGAAUGAUUACAUAAGAGUAUCACAAUUGCAAGAUGAAAAAAUUGAAAUUACAGAUAAAGCUUUGGCAUUAUUUGAAGACGAAGAAAUGUUAAAAGAAAAGGUUAUGAAUGAUUACAUAAGAGUAUCACAAUUGCAAGAUGAAAAAAUUGAAAUUACAGAUAAAGCUUUGGCAUUAGUUGAAAGAUAUAUUAAACAUUUUGAUGAAGAUCUUGAUAGCUUAUUUCCUCAACAUAAUCUUCGUGAUUGUUUAUCAAAUUUUGAAUCAACAUUUGAAUCAUUAAACACAUCUCCUCAAAAUGUAAAUAUAAUAUCAUUGUCAUCUCAAGUAGAUAACAAAACAAUUGUUCAGCCAUCAAAUACAAGUAUAAAAUCAACAACAUCAACAAUUGCUUCUUUUCCUACAACAUCAUUUUUGUCAUCAUCAAUAUCUAGACACUCUAACAUUAAUACUUAUGACUAUAAUAAUGGAAUAUAUUAUCCUUCCAUGAAAUCAGAAGAAGGAGAAUUUUCAUUACCAUUAUUACCAAAUCCCUCUAGCUCUACAGCACAAAUUGGCAGAGGGUUAAAUCGAAGGAAUUUGUCUAUGUCACCUAAUCAACCAUUACCACGACGUAGAAGGCAAAUCUUUCCACAAUUUAUUAAAAUACAAUGUUCUGAUGGUGAUAAAAAUCAUUUUCAUCAUUUAAAUUCAACAGGAUCAUCUUCAAUGAUUUCUCCUGAUAGAAACAUUAAUCUUAAUAGUCUCAACCCCAAUUCCAAUAUUAAUAAUAGUAAUAUUUUUAAUAUCAUCAAUAACAAUAAUUUAAAUUUACAAACAUAUGAUUCUUCGUUUAUUUCUGAUGGCAACACAUUUUCAUCAAAUUAUAUACAAACUGUUGACCCUAAUGAACCUGUAUAUUGUAUUUGUCGACAAGUUAGCUUUGGUGAAAUGAUUGGAUGUGAUGGUGAAAAUUGUCCUAUUGAAUGGUUUCAUUUGGAUUGUGUUGAUCUUAAAGCAGUACCAGAAGGAAGAUGGUAUUGCGAACAUUGUAUGAGUACAAUGAAUCAAGUAAAAAAACGAAAAAGAGGUCGACCUAUUGGAUCAUGA